CCACCUUAAAGUUCUCAUUUAUUUUGCUGAUGACUCCUCGCCGCUUCUCCCCCCCCACCUAAACCCUAGCCUCCGCCCCGCGAUCCGGCGAAACCCUAGCCCGACAUCGCCGUCGCAUGGAGCCCCGGGGCUACGACUACGGUGGCAGCUCCGGCGCUGGCGGCAAGAUCCGCCGCCGCCCUCCCUCCCGCGCUGCCGCCGCCUCUCCCUACGCGCGCCCCGCCCCGGCUUCGGCGCCGACCGCGGCGGCGGCUUCGCAGGGCGGCGGGUGGUUCUCCCGGAUCAUCACCGUCGGCGCCUCGCGCCUCCUCCCUUCCUUAUUCCGCAAGCCGCCGCCUCAACUCACUGCGCCGUCCCCCCCGCCGCCGCCACAGCUCACCGCGCCGGCCCCGCCGCCGCCGCCGGAGCCGCUCGAGGAGCCGCCUUCGCGCGUCUGGCUGCACGAACCGCGCCCAGAGGCGCUCGACGCGCUGCCCUCGUCGCUGCCUCCACCGUUAGAGGAUGAUCUUCCAGAAGAUGAAGAAAACAGUGAAACAAUCGCCAAUGAUAAUCUAUGCACUCAAGAUCCUCAAAGUUCUGCCAAGGAAAAAGAAGACAUGCUGAGAAAUUCUGAAAGCCAUCGUGGUAUGGAUCUUGAAGAAUUAUUGAAGCAGAAAACUUUCACAAGGAGCGAAUUUGAACACUUGUCCAAGUUGUUAUGGUCUAGAACUAUUGGAUCAAGUUCGUUGAAGCCAGAAGAUGGUAGCAUUAGGAAAAUGCCUAUUUCUGAGCAGGAAAAUGGAUCCAGAUGCUCCAGCUUACCUGUUGAUUUCUCCAUUACAACAUACAGUGUUGCUGAUCACGUUGCCUCGCCAGCAGAAAUUGCAAAAGCAUAUAUGGGUUCAAAAUCUUCUAAGGGGUCUCCUCUACGCCUUAGAUUGCAUGACCCCUCUAUGCCUAUCAAAUCAAUGGAAGCUAGUAUGAUACCAAAAGCUAAACCUCCCACAAUCCCACUUCUCCAAAGCUCAAGAUUGCAAACAUCCAAAACUUCUGAUCGUCUUGAAAGCAACUACACAACUCCGAAUAGAUCGGCAAUCUACAAAAUGUCAUCAUCUCCUUAUUUUAAGAGUGGUGUUUCAUCGAAAGAUUUAUUUACUACUGUAUCUUCACCUUAUCAGACCCUGAGUAGUGUUCAUACUUUUGGCAGGCAGGUCUUGAAGAGAAAGAGUAGUGCUAUCCAAAAUGAGAUUGUAUCUGUUGGUCCUGUGCGCAGAGUGCAUCAAAGAUUUAACAGAACAUCACCGCUGUUGGAAACACGGCCAGGUUACCGUAGAUAUCUUGGGGGCCAUGGAAGCAAACUUGAUGAAGGUUCUGAGCAAUUGGCACGAACUCAGAAGCGUCGUUGUCUGGAAGUUGGUGAUGCAACUCUUGGCAGCUUAGACAACAAAGCUCACGCGAACAGUUUUGGUCAGGCUCCAGUGCAAUCAGCUGAGAUGGCUGCUAAGAUACUGAAGCAGCUUGACACAUUAGUUCCUGCUCAGAAGGAAAACAUGUCAGAACUGAAGCAGAAACAUAGGAAUGCUAUGGAUUUCGGGAAUCUUAUUUUUCCAGAAAAAGAAGCAUCAGAACAGAAUAUUCAGUUGGGACUUCCAUCUGUUAAGGAUAUCCCGGCUGCAGUGUCUGAAAAGACUGUUCAUGCUACAUCAAACAAGUCUGAUAGUGAAAAGGCUCCAGUAUCUUCAUUGAGAAACCAUCCUCCUAAUCUGGUAUUAUUGAGUGAAAAUAACCGAAACAAAAUGUCAAUUCCAUCAAAUGGCUUUACCUUCCCCGUCCAAGCUGGUCUUGGUGCCCACUCUCUGGCCCCUCCAACACCUACAUUGGCAUCUCCGCCUAUACUACCUGUUGAGAAGCAGCAACCUUCAGCAGUAUUAAGUGCUACUACUUCCAUGGAAAGUCAUCCCAGGAUUUCGCAAUCUCUUAAAGAAGAAGGAUCAAUGUUGCAUAAAGUUGAUGACAAAUUAAAUGCAGAUAAUAAACCAAUGCCUUCUAAGAAUUCUGGGCAAGGUGCAUCUUUCACAAGUAACCCUGUAUUUAAUGUUGUCAAUGUGAAGCCUGCAUCCUUAAGCAAUGGCCCUGGGCAUAUGUCGAACUCUACUGUCUCAGCUAUACAACCUUCUAGUGGAUCAACUAACUCUGCUUCGUUUCAAUUUGCUGGCUCUACCAUCUCCACCACAGCUUCAAAGUCUACACAGAGUAGUUCAACUGGAGGCAGUUUUACUUUCUCCAAUACUUGUGUGGGUAGUUCGGCCGCCUCAAAUGUGAUUGUGAGCACUUCUCAAUCUGUUGUGCCACCAUCAUUGGCAUCUUCUGGUACAGGAAACUCCAGUGCCCCCUUUGGGACUGCUAGUUCAUCAGCUGCUCUGGACAAAUCUAAAUCAGUAAGCAGCAGUACCCCAUUUAAUUUCUCCCAGAAGUUUGAAACUGCAAGUUCUUCAGCAACCCAGGACAAAUCCAAAACAGUAAGCAGAAGUACCCCUUUUAGUUCCUCCCAGCAGUUCGGCAUUGCAAGUUCUUCUGCAGCUCAGGACAAAUCUAAAGCAGUAGGCAGCAGUACCCCUUUUGGCUUCUCCCAGCAGUAUGGCAUGGCGAGUUCUUCAACUGCUCAGGAUAUAUCCAAGGCUGUCUCUGCUGAACCUACAGUUCUUUUUGGGAAUCAGAAUGGCCAUUCGGGAAAUAGCAAUUCACUGUUCACACAGAGUUCAGUGAAUAAUUUGAGCUUCAAGUCUUUAGAGGCAUCAAAUAAUGGUAGCUCGCAAAGUUUUGCAGAUUCACAAGUUGGUUCGGCACCUUUGUGUUCUAGUCCUUUCAACGCAAGCUCUGUGUUUCCUUGGGCCGCUGGUUCUGGUUCUACUUCUGUGGCUGCGACUGCUCAGCCAUCUUCUGCUACAAGCUCAGGUUUUGGGUUCAGUUCAGCAUUGUCAGCAUCACCAAUGUUUGGCAGCCAAGUGACUACAUCUGUUCCAUCUUCGUUUGGCUUGCCAAAUACUGGCCCUGCUACUUCACUUUUCAGCCCAACCCCAAGCACUGUAUUCUCAUUCACUUCAUCGACUCCUUCAAUACCAAAUCAAUCACCCACCACACCAUUUGGUGGCCCUACUUUACAGAUUAAUGGAGGGAACAUAGGUGCAGACAGGAGUGGGUCCCCUUUCCCGACAACUUCGCCGUUUGGCUUGCCAAGCACCUCGCCAUCAACUCCAAUUUUCAGUACUCCUGCAACCCAGUUCGCUUCCAAUACAUCGUCCUCGCCUGGAAUUUUCGGAUUUGGUCAGCAGAGUCAAGCUUCUUCAGGUGGUUUCUCAAUGGGCACUGGUGGUGGCGGCAAUGACAAGUCCGGCAGAAGAAUUAUCAGAGUUAAGAAAAGGAAAUGAGAUGCCAAUACUUUUAAGUGCAUGAGAACAUGCAACCAGUUUGGCUGCGGCCACCCACCCUGCAUUGCAAAUUGCGCUGGUUUUCAGGGCUGAGGCGUCGGCAUGAAAGGCUUUUCUGAUUCUCUUUAUUUUGUUGAGAUAGCAAUGAGCCAAUGAGAGCCAGUUUUCCUUUGUUGAUCGCAAUUUUGGCACAGUAACAACAGUGGAGGUCACUGAACUGAUAUUGUUGUACCGUUCAUCACUAUGGUGAAAUUCAUUUGUCGAUGUAAAACUUGUAUUAGAUCUGUUCAGCUAUCAAUUCAUCCAUAUUUUUUUGCAGAACAUGAUUCAUAUGCUCUGCAAGGACGCCA